AUGGCUUCUCCUUCAAACUCAAAGUACUAUGUAGUAAUAGGCGCCAGUCGAGGUAUUGGUCUCGAAUUCACUCGACAAUUAAUCCUAGCAUCACCCACCAAUAUCGUCAUCGCCACUCAUCGAUCCACUGAACCACCGCAGACUUUAUAUGAACUAGAUAAGCAAUUCCAGGCACCGCCUAGAUUAUGGACUAUUCAAUGUGAUGUUACCGAUGAACGGACUAUUGCAAGUCUUUGUCUCGCUAUGCCGGGAUUGUUGUUGGGAAGUCCUGUUGAAGCUGUCAUUAUUAAUGCCGGGGUCUUGGAAUGGCCGAAUAGAGUGCUUGGAGGAACCUCUCAGUCUUACAAUCACCACUUCCAGACUAAUACCAUCGGACCACUUCUUGCCGCCAAACACCUUCUCUCCAUACCUGGAUCUCGAAUCUCCAACAUUGUAUUCAUAUCUUCUGAUUCUGGCUCCGCUGUUAAUUUCCGUUCAUUCGAAGAUGGUUUUGCUGCAUAUGCUGCUUCUAAAGCUGCAUUGAAUAUGGGAUUACGUGGAAAAAGGUUCCGAGGCUCCAAUUAUUCUCGCCCUUCAUCCAGGUGA